GCAGGUGUUAAACCGAAACUACCCGCAUGUAAAUAUCACACUCAGUUUUCAAGGCAAUGCUUACAGAACGCAUAACAAACUGAGAGUUUCGGUGAAGCUCUUCCUGUUAUCAAGUGUAAAAAAAAAAAAAAAAAAAAGUUUCCGCCGAUAGUGAAUUCUGUUUAUUCAUUGAACUUCUUGCAUAAGGCAGUGAUGCCUCAGAUCACGUCAGGUGUGAUCAUGCAGCUGACGCUCCUGCUGUCAGCUCUACCUGCACAGUAUCUCAUCUCCAAAUGGACGAGCGGCACCGAGACACAACGACACAUCGCCACUCAAAGAAUACUUGACACAUGGGACUCCAUAAGAAAAUCCUACUUGAACACAGCUGCUUGGGUUGACUGGCUCAAUACCUGGAUUCCCAAACUACCGUACUUCAGAGAUGAAGAGGAGCAAUACCAAACUCUGGAAGAAACACUGGCGGUUGAGCUGAUGAUGCAUGACAACGAGCACGGAUACUUUGCAGUGUCAAAGGAGGUGCGACGCCCCAGGCCGGCAUAUGUGCUGCACCGUGUAGGUCAAGUUGUGAUGGAGAGAGAGAAUCGGAUGGUGGGGGUGAUCAUGGGAUGGGAUGCAGGACUCAGAGCCCCACCAGAGUGGAUCAAGAGAAAGAAAUACUCAGACUCAGAGCUGGAGAGAGCCAAGGACACUCCUCAUUACAGAAUUGUGUUCAGUGGACCUGAUUCUUCAUCAGUACUGAUUGGAUACAUUCCCCAGUAUAAUGUCAAGCUCUUUCAAGGCUUUCAGCCGGACAUUCCUAGAUUCCUAGAGCACUACUUUUCACACUUCGAUGGGGAAAAGUUUGUUAUGGAAGAAUGGUUGCAAGAAAUCUACCCUGAUGACUGAAGGACUUAAACCUUGAGAGAGGUUUUAAAAACACUUUGAAAUGCUUGGAAACAUGCAAGAUGACUGUAACCCUUGAUUGACAGUAUUGGUUCUUUUUUUAAG